GUGCUUAUUCACAACAGUCGAAGAAGAAGUUUGACGCCGCUUCUUUCGGUCAAACAUGGCUGCGUCCAUUAUGAGCUAGAAGAGUUUUAGUGCUUUAGUUUAAGACGCCUCCUGCGAUUAUAAGUUCUUGACACUCGGGAUAUUUAAUUGUUGUUGGAAGAACAAAUUAAAGACAGGGUUAAACGAUCUUUGGAGCAUGUUAUCACCAGUGUGAGGGCCAAAACAUGGACUUCUCUUCACAGGAGGGGGACUCUGAGGCCCCCGCUGUCAUCGAUAUGACCACCAGCGAGAAGGUUGUGGAGCUCCUGAAUCAGGCUGCUCUGAUACCCACAGAUGAGAAGCUGAAUGUGCUCAAACAGGUCCAGGAACUCAUCAUCAACAAGGAUCCAUCUCUUCUCGACAAUUUUUUGGAUGAGAUAAUCGCUUUCCAGACAGACAAGUCCAUCGAAGUGAAAAAGUUUGUGAUCGGCUUCAUCGAGGAGGCAUGUAAAAGAGACAACGAGCUCCUCCUCAGACUCAUCGCCAACCUGAACAUGUUGCUGAAGGAUGAAAGUGUGAAUGUGGUGAAGAAAGCCAUCCUCACCCUCACCCAGCUGUACAAAGUCACACUUCAGUGGUUGGUGCGCUCCAAAGCUGUGUCAGAAAUGCAGGAGGCGUGCUGGGAUCUCGUCACGCAGAUGAAAGGGGAUGUUCUGGCCUUGCUGGACUCUGAGAACGACGGCGUUCGCACUCAUGCCAUCAAGUUUACCGAAUCUUUAAUCAUCACUCUUUCACCGCGGACAGCUGACUCUGACGUCCCCAAGCGACAGGAAGGCGACAUCAGUCUGGACAAAGUUCCCACAGAUCACUCGUACAUUCACUACGAUGAGCUGUGUCAGGAGGGAAAGACAGCGCUGGAGAAGCUGCUUAAGUUCAUGGUCCACCCGGCCAUUUCCAGUAUUAACCUCACCACGGCACUGGGCUCACUGGCCACCAUCGCUCGCCAGAGACCAAUGUUCAUGUCAGAGGUGGUGCAGGCGUAUGAGACGUUACACGCAAACCUGCCCCCCACUCUGGCCAAGUCUCAGGUAAGCAGCGUGCGAAAAAACCUAAAGCUUCACCUGGUGGCGGUUCUCAAGCAUCCCUGCAGCCUGGAGUUUCAUGGUCAGAUCUGCACCCUGCUGUUGGACCUGGGAAUGCCCCAAAGCGAAAUCACCCGCUCCACGCCUGCGCCACGAGAGCAGCGAAAGAGGCCUCGCCAAGAGCAAUACACCGAGGGAAAGAAGGUCAAGAUAGAGUCAUCUUCAACCCUUAUUGAAGAUGACGAGGACAAAGAGGAGCCCGCCCCCCUCUCGGUUCCGAAGCCGGCCGCUGUUCCUGUCGCUCAGUCCGCCAUCGACCUCACGGCCGAGUUCCUGCACCCGCUGCUCACCCCUGAGAACGUGGCCAACCUUGUGCUCAUCAGCAUGGUCUACCUGCCUGAUAUCAUGCCAGCCUCCUUCCAGGCCACAUACACACCUGUGGAGUCAGCAGGCACUGACGCUCAGAUUAAACAUCUGGCCAGGCUGAUGGCCACACAGAUGACCGCUGCAGGGAUCGGUCCAGGACUCGAGCAGUGCAAAGCCAGAGGGGAGGGUGCUGUUAAAGAGGAAAAUGAUGACGAUGCUGCCACUAAAGACCUCCUCAUCAAACGCAAAGUUCCUGCCAUGAUGGUCGGGCAGGCCAUUUCUGUGGUCGGAGGUUACGCAGAAAAGGCUUCACCGGAAGUUCCAGCCGCGGCGGUAAAGAGGCUUCCUGAGCCCAUCCUUCCAUCUGCACAGACCAAGAUGACCGGAGCGACCGGCAGGAAAAAAGUAUUUCGACUUCCCGACAUCGUCCAGCAGUUGUCGGACAGCCAGAUCGAGAAUUUAACCUCGAAGGCGGUGAAGCGCAUCCUGCAUUCUGAGAAGCCGAUCGCUCAAAGUGGAAUGUCUCAUGUCCGGGUGAAGCUCCUCUCCCGGCUCGUGACACAGUUCGACGGGAUGAUGAAAUCCGACGUGCUGGAGUUCAUCCUGGACGACAUCAGGACGAGGAGUGACCUGGCCUUUUCGCUCCUCUACCAGGAAUACAACACCUACCUCAGCCAGCUGCCGUCGGGGCUGCUGGACAGCUACGACCACUGUCUGUACACGCUGCUGUCCGGCCUGCAGGAGAAGCCCGAGCAGAGAGACGGACUUUUCACCAAACUGGUGCUGGAGGCGCCGAUCAUCACAGAGUCGGCGCUAGAAGUCAUACGGCGUUACUGUGAGGAUGAGUCUCGGGUGUAUUUGGGCAUGACGACGCUGAAGGAGCUCAUCGUCAAACGUCCUUCAAGGCAGUUUCAGUAUCUGCACGUGCUCCUGGAUCUCAGCUCCCAUGAAAAGGAGAAGGUGCGAACCACUGCCUUGGCUUUUCUGAAGCGCAUGUACGAGAAGGACCAGCUCAGGGACUACAUCGAAAAGUUUGCUCUGAACUACCUGCAGCUCCUGGUUCACCCCAACCCUCCGUCUCUGCUCUUCGGGGCCGACAAAGACACAGAGGUGGCUGCUCCCUGGACUGAAGAGACUGUGAGGCAGUGUCUGUUCCUCUACCUUUCCCUGCUUCCUCUGAACCACCGGCUGGUCCACGAACUCGCCAGCGUCUACACCGAGGCCAUCGCUGACAUCAAACGCAGCGUGCUUCGAGCCAUCGAGCAGCCUAUCCGUGGGAUGGGCAUGAACUCUCCUGAGCUGCUGCUUUUGGUCGAAAACUGUCCUAAAGGAGCGGAGACUCUGGUCACUCGAUGCCUGCACAUUCUCACAGAUAAAGUGCCUCCAUCUCCAGAGCUGGUGGAGAGGGUGAGGGACCUUUACCACAAGCGAGUGCCAGAUGUUCGAUUCCUGAUCCCCGUCAUUAACGGGCUGGAAAAGAACGAAGUCAUCCAGGCUCUGCCCAAACUUAUCAAACUGAACCCGAUCGUAGUGAAGGAGGUCUUUAACAGGCUGCUGGGGACUCAGCACAGUGAAGGGAGUUCAUCCGUGUCCCCGCUCACUCCAGGCGACCUCCUCAUCGCCUUACACAACAUAGACUCAACCAAAUGUGACAUGAAGUCCAUCAUAAAAGCUACCAACCUCUGCUUCGGCGAGAAGAACGUGUACACAUCUGAAGUUUUGGCAGUGGUGAUGCAGCAGCUGAUGGAGCAGAACCCCCUCCCCAUGCUGCUCAUGCGCACUGUCAUCCAGUCUCUCACCAUGUACCCCCGACUGGGCGGCUUCGUGAUGAACAUCCUCUCCCGCCUCAUCGUCAAGCAGGUGUGGAAGUAUCCAAAGGUGUGGGAGGGAUUCGUGAAGUGCUGCCAGAGGACAAAGCCGCAGUCGUUCAGUGUGCUCUUACAGCUGCCGCCCGCUCAGCUCACGAGCGUGUUCGAGCGCUGCCCGGAGAUGAGGGCGCCUCUUCUGCAGCACGUCCACUCCUUCACACCUCACCAGCAAGCGCACAUCCCUGGGUCCAUCAUGGCGGUCCUGGAAGCAAAUAAAAAACCAGAGCCAAAGCCUGCAGAGCCAGUCGUAGAGACAGAGGUAACGGAUCAAGAGCUACAGAUGGAAGCAGCUCCAGCUCCUUCGGUUGUGGAAGAGACACCAAAAGAGCCCGAAACGAUAGUCGAGCCAGAGCCCGUCACUCAGAAAGAUGAAGAAGAGCCGAUGGAGCAAGAAGAGUCUGAACCAGCAAUACAGGAAGAGACGCUUAAUAUCUCACAGGUGGAGUCGGAGGUUGAGACCCCGGUACCUGAACCAGAACCAGCAGAGGAGCCAAUGGAGGAAUCUCAGCCCGAACCUUCAGAGCAGCCAGAGCCCGAAAAAGACACCGAAGCUGAUGUCGCCACAAAGGAGGCCGAAAACACCAGCGAGGAUGUAGAAUAAGGAUGCACUCAGUUUUCAGGAUUUCUGUUUUGUUUUUUGUAUUUGUAGGAAGAAUAUCAGCUCAUUUUCUGUAUGAAAGCAUUCCACGUCAUAAUAAGUUGGAAAAUAAAUCAGUACACUGGUUUAAUGUAG